AUGAACGACAGAAUCGGCCUGCUUCUAUGCGGCGGGUUCCAGGGAACGACCGUCACCAAACAGGCGCGCGACUUGAUCGUCGAGCAGAAGGUGUCGACGAUGAUUCUCCUGAAAAAGAACGCCGAGUCGGUGGUUCAAAUCCUGAAGCUCAUUCAAGACUUGCAAUACAUCGCGUUCACUGAAGGUGGCUACAAAUACCCAUUGGCUUUCGCGAUAGACGAGGAGGGCGGAAUGCUCAACACGCUUUUUGAUGUAGAGUACUUGUCGCAGUUCCCAGGGGCCAUGGCCAUGGCCGCUUCGGGCGACGUCAAGUUGGUGUACGAUGUGCUGAAGGCUCUUGCGCUACAGCUUCGGCACAUUGGGUUUUCGAUUAUUUUGGGCCCCGUUCUCGAUGUAGUGACCAAGUUUUCCCACCAGUUGGUUUCUGUGAGAUCGUUCGGAACUUCCGUCGAUGGCGUGGUCAAGUUUGGCCGUGCAUGUGCGCAGGGUCUUCGAGAUGGCGGUCUUUUGACCGUCGGAAAGCACUUUCCAGGAAUCGGAAGUGCGCGGGUAAACUCCUUGUUGGAGUUACCAUAUAUGGAUGAGUCAUUAGACCAGAUCCAACGCUUCAAUCUGGCCCCGUUCGCUGAAUUGAUCAAAGAGGGCUUGCUUGACGGAAUCAGUGCCGCUGGCUGCGCUGUGCCCUCAAUUGCCCCAGACGAAACCCAUGCGUGCUUGCUGCGUCUUCUUUUAACGCAGUUUCUUCGAGAGCAGCUCCACUUCGAUGGCUUUGUCAUAAGUGAAUGUCUUGAAAUGGAUGCUUUGUAUCACUCCAUUGGUUUAGGCCAAGGUGUCAUUCUUGCACUUGAUGCUGGUUGUGACUUGGUCAUGGUCUGCCAUGAUUACAAAUUGCAAGUUACAGCCAUCGAAUCGAUCCGUGCCGCUUUGGCCGAUGGAAUAAUAGAGAAGUCUACCUUAGAAGCUUCUUUGGCAAGAAUCGAGCGUGUUCAACAACAGUUGCCCAGUUGGAAUCAAAUCUUCCCCAAUAAUAGCAAGCCCGAGCUACAACCUUUCAGGGAUCUCUUUCCUCUGACUUGGAGCGAACAUCAAAAGCUCUCUGAGGAAGCUUACAGAAGUUGUAUUACAAUUGUACGUGAUUACGAGGGUGUUCUUCCUUUGACACAUAAUUUAGAUAAAGAGGAGCCCUCAAACAUUCUCCUAUUGACGCCACUUCUUAGGCCGUUGUAUCCCGAACACGACGCAAAAUCCGAUGCCGAGGACUCACAGUACCCCGGCGAAGAGGUCUUUCAACAGUUUGGCCAUCUCUUGGCCGAUUAUUGCAAAGAUCACAAUGAUAAGUGCAACGUUCUUCAUUGCACAUACACCGCCAACAUGCUUUCGCCACUCCAUGAGCUGUUAAUCCAAAAAUCUAAAGCUGUUAUUGUUGUGACAUCUGAAGCUCUCAGAAACGGCUAUCAAGUCGGAUUAGUCAAAUAUGUAUCCGUUCUUUGCGGCGCAUCGCCUCUGUCGCUAUCUGAGUCUAACCGAUCGCUGCUGCUUGCUAAGCCCCUCAUAAUUGUCGCAACACUGUCACCGUAUGAUUUCUACUACACGAAAGGUAUAGGCUCCGCCUACUUGUGUUGCUACGAAUACACUAAUCAAGCUCUCAAGGAGCUUGCAGGUGCAAUAAUGGGGAAGCUUCUACCACAGGGUUGUAUUCCUGGAGAGAAGAAGUUUGGGCAGGGAAAAAUGAAGCGGAGGUACGCCGAUGAGGCCGCGCCAAGUCCCGACAAAUUUCCUUUGAAACUCAAGAAAGUGAUCGCUCCAAAGAGACGCUGGCUCGUCGAUGCAUUAGACCUCAGCCGUGAUUGGCGUCUGUUGAUAUGGCUCUUCGUCAAAAAUAUGGCAAUCCCAAACGAGGAAUUUUACUUCGCUUCACUUGGGCAGCUACUCCACUCCAAUGCCUCCACUCAAAAGCAUUUUGUGGUCAGAAAUUCAUCCACGAAUGUUUUGUAUGGUGUUGUUAUGACUUGGGUUUAUGAAAACUAUGAUAGCGAACACGCGCAACUGCUGAAGGUCGGCUCAUUACUUGUCUUAAUGGUGGAACAGUCCAAGAGACAUCAACUGAUUGGCCGCAACUUGAUAAAUCGCGCCAUGAGAUAUCUCACAAGUGAAGCUGGUUGCAAGACAAUCCAAUUAGGAGGUUCCUUUCCACUUUUGACGUUUUCCGAGGACUUCAAUAACGCUUCUCAGAUGGCGGCCUUUUACAACAGCUGCGGAUGGGCAGUCAACAAGAAGACUCAACUGGCACCCCAGAAGGUUUUAAUUCUCCGAGACUUGAACAAUUGGUCUGUGCCUCCUAAAAUCUUACGAGAGUUGACCAUGGUUGGUGUACGUUUUGAUAUCUGUCUCCACAAGGAGACAAUCUUCCCUCAUUUGAAGGACUGCGACGAACCAACGCAAAGAGUGUAUAAUGAGGCCAUUUCUUGCCUCGAUCUGCCUGCUGCCUACGAAGCCAAAAUAAUCAUCGCUUUAGACCAUGCCCAGAACGUCGUUGGAAGCGUCAUCAUAUUCAAUAGCUCGAGUUUGAUGGCUCGAUACUACCCAUUCAUCAAAGACGAAGAGCGGGAUAAAGUGGCCUUGGUGGGUGGACUUUUUGCGCCUGUGAUCGACGCGUCUUACACGAGUCUCAGCAACAUCUUGCGGUUCGGACUUAUCAGCUCAGGCAUCACCUAUCUCCGCACCAACUUCAAUAGCACAGCCAAUAACACCAAGAUGAAUCAAUGCAUCAUCAUUGACAGACCCGGCGAAGAAACAGAAGCGAUGAAUAUCGGUUUCGAACCCUGGAAGACAUUUCACGAGUAUUACGACAAGCUGUCUGAGGUAUACACUCCAACCAGUGACGAUACAUUAUAG